AUGGCCCUUCCAUCGGGCUAUUUUACAUCUGGGAGUUUUCUGUCAACUGCUGGGGCGUUGAGAUUUCCCUUCUCAAAUGCCGUUAAAUACAGCAUCCUUGGAUUGUCAGUCACUCUUCUUCUGGUGGCACUGGGUAUCUUGGCCUGGCAGGCCUUUAGAUGCUUCAAACGCCCAUCCACCAGACGCCCUCAGUCUCAAGCAGUGAAUGGUCAUUUGUUUUACGGAGGCGAACUAACAGGACAGUAUAGAGAAAUUCCAACCAUCAAGGGGUUUGACGGAUGGCUCCAUUAUUCAUUGUACUAUGACGAGCAGCAGCAUCAUCUUGUGGUUACUAUUUUGAAAGUGGAAGGGUUUCAAGACCAAAAGCCAACAAGCAGCCACCAAUUGUUUGUCCAAAUUAAGCUGUUAUGGACUGGAUGCGAGAAAGAUGUAGCUCACAUUGAUGAAAGGAGUGAAGGGACAUCACUUGCUCUGUGCACAGUGCUGCAGGACUGGCAGACUCGCAUUGUAAAAGGCACCUGUAACCCAUUGUUUGGAGACCAGUUCAGUUGUAUUCUGCGUGAUGAACAACAGCUGGAUCAUAUCGCCCUAAGGAUGGAGGUGAAAAACUUUGACAAAUUCUCCAGACACACAGCAUUAGGGGAGGUGAGGACUUCUCUCGGACAACUCAAUAUCUCCUACCCUCUUGAGCUAAAAGGAAAGCUCAUCACUCCCCGGAAGGAUCUUGUCGGGGAAGUGCUUCUGUCCCUGAGGUUUCUUCCAACGUCUCAGAGGAUUGAGGUUGGAGUGUUAAAGGUUCGAACGAUCCAUAAGGAAAAACACAUGGAUGCAGCUCUCUAUGUCAGGAUCAGUGUGCAGUGCGACCGAUGCAAGUUGAAGUACCAGAAAACAUCCGCAGUGACGCGUGGCACUAUGACUGUCUUCAAUGAAGUUCUUGUUUUCUCCUUGCCAGAAUUUCCUCUUCAGCAGUGUAAAAUUUUAGUUUCUCUUUAUGGGACUCACUUAAGUAAGAAAUCACCAAAGCAACUGAUUGGACAAUUAAUGGUGAAGAAGGACAAGAAUUCUGAAAAUGAACACUGGGAUCUUAUGCUCCGAUCAGUCCGCCAACCAAUUGCAAGGUGGCAUGCUCUGCUUAUCUGA